AUGCUCGCCGCCAAGCUCCUCGCCGCCGUCGCCGUCGUCGGCGUCCAGGCAGCGGUCUGCCCGUACAAGGACUACCCUAGCGGGUGGAUCAUCGUCGCUGACGGCAACUGCUCGUCGUCGCUCACGACGUGCGCAACCACCAACACGUGCGAUCGCACCGCGACCAAGACGUACCCGGCGAUCUCGUCCUUCUCGGGCUGGAUGGGCGUCGGCAACUUGGCCGACUACACGUACACAAACCUGACGCUGAAGGACACGCCGUCGCUCACGAUCGCACGCAUGAGCUUGCCCAACACCGUGACCACCUUGACCUUUGACAAUGUGACCAAGAUCGACCUGGCCAACACGGCGCUGACGCAGUGGAGCUCGGUCAAGACCUUGAUGGUUCUCAACAGCCCCGUCAACUUUCCCAACGUCGGCGUUGUGUGGCCGACCAACCUCGACCUCGUCGUGCUCAGCAACAAUGCGAUGAACAAUAUUCCGCAGUACCUUCCAACGACGCUCACGCAGCUUGCGAUCCAGAGCAACUACCUCACGGACCUGGUCUACUUGCCCAAGAAGCUCGUGUUUUUGAACAUUGCAGCCAACAAUUUCAAGACCCUUGUCAACGCCGACUUGCGCAGUGUGAAAUACCUGUACAUGUCCAACAACGAAGAUUUGACCAAGAUCAGUGCUGUCCAGUUCUCCGACAUCGCUUUUGUAAAAAUGCUCAACUGCUCCAAGCUCUCCGAUAUCUACCUCGAUGCGACCUCGUACACGGCCCUCAACAAGCUCCAGCCGUGGAACGGCGACGACGAGACCGACACGCCGGCGGGCUACACCAUCAACUACCCCGUGGCGUCCAACGCUGCUGCGUGCACGGCGGCCGGCGGGUCCAUCCAGAAGCUUUGGGAAAGCACGUCCAAGGUCUCUGUCACGGCGUGCGUCACGGGCGGGUCAGGUACUAUGACGCGCUCUGUCGUAGCGACUGGAGUCUCAUUCUCGACGACUAGGCAAUGCGACAACGACAGAGCCACCGACGCCGGGUGGCAGCAGUACGUCGUCCUUGCGACCACCACUACUAACCAUGUGGUGUAG